AUGGUGCAAUCAAAGAAGUUCAGAGGUGUAAGGCAAAGGCAUUGGGGCUCAUGGGUCUCUGAGAUCCGUCAUCCAUUGCUGAAAAGAAGGGUAUGGCUUGGGACGUUUCAAACUGCAGAAGAGGCAGCAAGAGCGUACGACGAGGCAGCCAUUUUGAUGAGUGGACCAAACGCCAAAACAAACUUCCCAAUCGCCACAAAUCAAAUGGGCAAUCAUGAAAACUCCUCUGCUUCUUCUUCUUCUUCUUCUUCUUCCACUGCACUUUCUGCAUUGCUUACUGCAAAGCUCCGCAAGUGCUGCAAGUUCCCAUCUCCUUCUCUCACAUGCCUGAGGCUUGACACUGAGAAUUCCCACAUUGGGGUCUGGCAGAAACGAGCAGGGCAUCACUCUGACUCCAACUGGGUAAUGAUGGUUGAGUUAGGAGGGAAGAAUGGGAGGAGAAUGGCUGAAGAAAACAUGCCCGUUUCAAGGACAGGAGAAAUAGAGGGGCCUGAAGGUGGAGAUGGGAGGGAUGAGGAGCAGAGGCUUGCAUUGCAGAUGAUUGAGGAACUUCUGAAUAGAAAUUGAUUGAACAAAGCGUGGGGGCAGCGUCCAUGUGCUUGGUCCUUGACAGUGCUCAAAGUAGAGGUUUGUUGCAUUAAAAUCAUGAGGAGGAGGUGGUAUAGUCACCCACAUAUGUUGAUUUAGAUUCCCACAUAUUUAAUUUCUUUGGCUUUAUAGGAAGUAUGUAGUUACCAUAGAAAUUUAUUGGUAGUGUCUUAUUUAGCAAUAAAUUUAAUAUGUGGGAU